CGGUUCACCAGGGGAAAGAUCGAGUAUCACAAUUGAAUGAUUUCUUGGCUUUUGGCCCUUUUUUAUGGUUAGGAAGGUGCGGGAUAGCUUAGUUCCUUCUUUCCCCUGUUACGGUGAAUGUCAUGUGUUUUGUUUUGUUUUGCUUUGCUUUAUUUCGCUACUUCUCUCGUAGAAAAGUGUCCAGUGGCCUUGCCUUGCCACUUAUUCCAUCCUACUUCAACAACCAACAUUAUUGGUGUUAACACGGACGGACUGUCCCCUCCCGUCCCCACGAUUUAUCUGUCGAUCGCAUCAUCAUCACCCAUUCAAUUCAUAUCGACAUUUAUAACCAUCACCUUGCAACUUGCAGAAAACACCCUCGCGACUGUCGAAAUAGCUCCAGCUCGAUCAAGAGACACGCGCGCACUAUUCCAUCAUAUCCUUUACCGACUUGGCCCCACGAAUCAUGCAAUAGCCCCCCGAUUUGACCCCUUAGAAGAUGCGAAAAGUUCGGCCUGCCAUUCAACUCCCGAAUGCCCGUUUCGAGCGUCGUUAUCUGGCCGUUCAUACUUGAAGUGGCCUGAAUUCCAUACUAGAUACCUUCUGAGCGACUCUUAUCAGCCUGUUGACCUCUCAUAAUUAACACAUCAUGACUCGAAGAAUUGCUGUUGACUAACCAGAUUCUAUCACUAGGUUCGAACAGCUGCUCAGCUCGCUGGCGCUGCCAUUUUCACAUUUUUAGUUAUCGCCUUCCUCGACCGCAAUUACCGUGUCCUCCCCAAUUCGAUCCAUAGUUAUAUGCCCUCCCAUCACCCCGGACUUGUCGUCACCGAUGUCACAAUAGUCACUUGCUCGAGCGUUAACCCAUUCUCCUCAUGCGA